ACUGACUGUAUCUGGUGCAGAUGCACUCAUAAAGCCUUGGAUUUAUGAAGUCCGGCUUUAUGAUCGUACAUGCCUCUUGUUCCCUUACCACCAUGUCAUGCUACCACUAUACUUGCCAGUGGCCCACUCAAUCCCUUCGAUGAAGUUUUCUCAAAGACAAUACUUUCUCUGCCCUUCCUGCUACUCACGGGUUCUAGAUUCGAGUAUCUACUGGGAUGCACUAGUACAUAAUAACAAGACUCCUACGAAUCAGAGGCUACAAAAUCAGCGAGUGUCUGUCAUGCUUACUGAUUUGAACAUUCGUCCACUGUUCGAUAAAUAUCUAGGUCUGAAACACGAUCAGCAGGUUGUCGAUGGUAUAAUGUAUUUAACCUACGCGGCGGCGGGCAUUGUUUGCUGUAUCAUUCAACUACUUUCCCGCCAUUAUCCACCCGCUUUCCUGCUAAAAUACGACCGCAUUCUCGCUGAUGUUUCGUACUGUUUUCUAGGAAUUAUAAUUAUACAAUAUGUUGUACUACAACAUGUAACACGAUGUGCACCAUUCUUGCACACAUGAGCUGCUCGUGACCGAGUAAGAAAUGUAGCGUAGUGUGAUACUUAUCGUGCCGCAAAGGUAGCCCCGCCAGAUGGUGCAGUGGCAUGUACUAUAAGUAGUUGCAU